AUGACGUGUUCCUUAUGUGGUUUGUGUAUGCACAUAUGAUUGGGAAAGUGAGACUUUAAAAUCAGUGUUUAAGGCCGGUUUGUUGUCAAAUUGUUACAUUUCUUUUGUCAGUGAUUAUAUUUGAUUAAUUAGAAUUUUAAUAUCAUGGUUCUACUUGCCAGUGCCAUUGUUUCCAAGCAAAAUGGAAAGAUCCUCGUUUCAAGACAAUUUGUUGAAAUGACUAGAUCUAGGAUUGAAGGAUUACUCACAGCAUUCACUAAAUCCAUAACCAAAGACAAGCAGCAUACAUUUAUAGAGACUGAUUCGGUUAGAUAUGUGUACCAAGCAUUGAUGGAUAAAUUAUAUUGUGUUUUAAUCACCACCAAAACAUCAAAUAUAUUGGAAGAUUUGGAAACAUUACGUCUAUUUGUGCGUGUUAUAAGUGAAUAUACCUCAAAUCAUGGUAAAACAUCAGAUGAACAAGCUAUUCUGGAUAAUGCCUUCACUCUCAUUUUCGCUUUUGAUGAAAUUGUUGCUCUUGGCUAUCGGGAAAGUGUAAAUAUGUCUCAAGUUCGUACAUUUAUAGAAAUGGAUUCACACGAGGAAAGAGUUUAUGUUGCUGUUCGUCAAACUCAGGAAAGAGAAGCUAAGCAAAAGAUGAGAGAGAAAGCUAAGGAACUAUCUAAACUGCAAAGAACACAACAACUGGCCAAAACAUCCAUGCCUUCAAUAUCAUCAUCGUCCAAUAUCAGCUCUAGUUCUGUUAUGGACAAACCAGAGCCAGUUGUUGGUGAUAGAGCUCAAAGUGCUUAUUCUAGCUCUAGUGCUCCUGUUGUGCGUUCUAAAGGUCCAUCAAGAGCUCUCAAACUCGGUUCUAAAGCUAAACAAGCUGAUCUUUUUGCUGCAUCAAAUGAAGAACAGUUAGCUAAUGAGUUGAAAGAAGAGGAACCGAAUCAACCUGUUUCCAGUAGCGGUGGGUACAAGAAUGAUGAUAUUGAUAUUGACUGAACACAGCCGCUAAUAUCAAUUUUUUAACUUCUACCUUUUGUUCCAUUGCAUGUUUAGCAAAUAAUCUUUCAAAUAUUAUAACUUUAAAUACUGAUAAAAAUGUUUAUAUUUAUUAA